AUGUCAGCUGUUGCAUUUGAUAACAGCAGCUACGAUAGCCAGGCUAUCCAGGGAGACGAGGUUGAUGAGUAUAACACAGAAAUAAAGCUCAACAUUAGAGGCCAUCCGUUCACCAUCACGAGAGACGAGUUGAUGGCGCUGCCUGAAAGCAUUUUGCUUUGUUUGUUUCCGAAUGGUGUUUUUGUUGAUAUAGACGGGAACGUGAUAUCGAACUUGACCGAGGACGACAUAGUUUAUGUGAACUUCUCACCUGAGUGUUUUCGGUAUAUCUGCGAUUCCUUCAACUCUGCUGCCUUGGAGCUGUCUCCCAGUAACAGGCACGAUGUCUACGAUCUGAACGAUACUGAUGUAUUGAACGACAAGCCAUCUAUCAUUGUUCUGAGAGAAGACUUAGACUACUAUUGCAUUCCUCCCAUCAAGGGUUUCACUGUUGAUCAGAUGAAGGAACUGAAGCUGCUGGUCGGUGAUGAGUUGGUGCAAAACCCACGGCUGUUCGACGGCUUGGGGUAUUCGCCAGGUAAGCAGUUGGGACCUGCUGAGCAGCAUCUGCUAGACAUGCUGUGUUCCUCUGGCUUUUCAGUCACUGGUGACUGGGGCCAUAGAUCCAUGGAGCCUGGUAAGACGGUUAUUUUCUCACUGGCGCUGGUUCGUCUCAAACAACAGGUUGAGGAGGUCACGCCUCAGGAUUCUCCUAGUCUCAGACCUACGACUUCAGCCUCUUCUUCGGGAAACCCAGGCAGGUCCAGACUGUCUACGUUUGCUCACAAUGCCGUGAGAAAUGCCUCGCGUUCAGUUUCUAGAAACAGAUCGCAGAAGAGAGACACCAACACGACCGCGACCAAAUUGCUUCUUUUCUGGAAAAAGCCGGCAAGAAAGUGUUGGUGGUCCAACGAGGAGAUCGAGGUUGAUCUCAGCCACUUGGGUCUGAAGGAUUCUGAGGGCAAUCUAUUGGCCAAGACAGUCGUGAAGGUUCAUAUAAGAAGAGUGUGGACUCUGGAGCUUUCAGUGAUUGGUGUCCAGUAA